AUGAUUUUCUCACGUCUGCUGGCGGUCCUAGCAAUUGCGGGAGCAUCGGCCUCUGCGAGUGCAAACCGGUCGCCGAGUCGCAAUAAACUCAAGCACAUCGACACCAAAGCCCGAGGUGAAGAGUUCUUCCAACUGGGCGAAAUUAUCUAUCUUACAGAUACUCUUCAUCCUGUCUCUAUUCAACCCGUGCCACGUUUAGAAGAUGCUCAGGAUGUCACCUUUCCACUUACCCAUAUAAUCGCGGAGGCGCCAGUGGUGACUGGUCAAUUCCUGGAAGACGUUCUUGGCCGUUACACCCAGGCCGACGAUGUCUUCAACCCUGACUUUCUGGAGGUGAUACUCAUCACCUCUUCAAAUGCCACUUCAGGGCUUGAUACGUCGGCCAUCGCAUACCUGGAGACUCUCGCACCAUCGCACGUCUUCCUCAGUCCGGAGUUCCACGAGCUUGCCAGUAUCAUUAGCCCAUCUCUGCCGGUCACUAUCCUAAACCCCACGUAUUUACGCUCCUUACCUCCUGGACCUUAUGCCGCGGUACUUCAUGAUGAGCGACUCUCACUUUCGAGCGUUUCCAGGCUCUAUACUGACAAAUUUCGUGCUUUUGUCGAUGGUGUUUAUCCGGUAGACGAUGGUAGUGGAGCCUACCGGUCACUUGGAUUUUUCAGUCCAGAAUGGCCCACUCCGGCCAUCCCGGUUCCGUCCAGAAUAUAUAGUUGGACCGACCAUCGACCGCUGGCUGGCCAGAGAUUUGGGAUUAAGGACAUUUUCGAUAUUAAAGGCCUUGUGACGACGUCCGGAAGCAUUGCAUGGACGAUGAUCACCGACCCUGCCAACGCCACUGCUCCUGCGAUUCAGAGGAUUCUCGAUCUAGGCGGUGUGAUAGUCGGGAAGCCCAAGACGUCGCAGUUUGCAAGCGCAGGCGAGCCUUGGGUAUGGGACGAUGUUCGUCCCCCUCUAAACCCUCGCGCUGACGGUUGGCUCUCCUGCUCGGCCUCAUCCGCGGGCAGCGCAUGUGCCGUUGCCGCCUAUGAUUGGCUUGAUUACGCUAUCGGCUCGGAUACAGGCACCUCUAUGCGUCGGCCUGCUGCGGUGGCUGGCACAUAUGGACAGCGACCUUCAGUAGGUCGAAUGAGUCUUGAAGGCGUGACACCUAUCAGCUACUCGACAGAUACCGCAGGGGUCUUCUGCCGAGAUCCUCACAAGUGGGUCAACUUCUCCAGGCUAUGGUACACUCCGGAACUAUACCAGGACACGUCUCUUACGGGCUUACCAAUGUAUGAUACGGGUCAUAACAUUGGCUUGCCCAAGCGAAUACUCUAUCCGGUCGAUUACCUCCCAUUAAAAAAUCCCGCUGCCGAGAAAGUUCUGCAGGACUUCCUCGCCAAAGUAACCACUGCCUUGGACAUGACGGUUGAAACGUUCAACUGGACAGAAAAGAUCGAGUCACUUCCUCAGCCCCCCGGCUUCACGCUCCCAAGAUUACUGUCAAAUUUAAAUAUUAUGUGGGUCUACGAGCAGAUCCAGCUGGUUGGGAAGCCAUUAAUCAGUACAUUUGAGGCUCGCUAUGGCGGUUAUCCUCCCCUGGAGCAACCCAUGCGGGAUACUUUCGUGAGCGCUGCAUAUACUGCUGAAAUGCAUAAAGCAGCACGCGACAUCAGAAGAAUAGCUGCCGAGGCUAACGAACAAGAAAUUCUUUUCAGCACUCCGGACUCUUGCUCGGAGUCGGUAAUUCUCUCCGACAUUGGAGCCGGUGGCCUCCCAGCGUAUAGCGAAGAAGACCUGAACCAUGGCCCUUAUGCUAGCUUUCUUGCACCACCCGGAACGGCAGGCACCUCCGGAGACUUUUGCCCAUUCUUUGGCUGCGUGGAUAUGACGGUACCAAUUGGCGAAGCGCCUUACUGGAGUAGAAUGACCCAGAAGGAGGAGAUGAUACCAGUGACCAUAGGCUUGGUUGCCAAGAGAGGCUGUGAUGAGAUGUUGUACAGCUUGAUCGAGAGGCUGGCAAAUCUUGGAAUACUCACAACCGUGAAAGCGGGUGACAGAGCCUUUUGAUGCAAGCAUAGCCAGAGCUCGGUGGGCUGUAGCUCCACAACAUUGUUGCAACGUUGAUAUGACCACAAUCACGCUUCUUUCGACGAUGUUGCCUUCGCGUGUAUCUCCUUCAGGGACCGACGAUGGAGAGCCUAUGCUUGACCGUUCACAUCUCUCCUGCGGACCGGGAUGACCUGAAAGGAAG